CUGCGAAAUAAUUCAGGCUCCCUACCACCGCCAAGAGUCUGGCAGGGGACUGCUGCGCCGGAUUUGCCUCAAACGGCGGCGUUUUCUCCCACCCAUUGUUGAAGGGUGCUUCCGCUUCUUCAGCUGAUGCGGAGGCGCGGUGUCACGGCACAGAUGGACGGCAAACCGCUGCACGUAGACUGGUAAGCCAAGGGAGAGAACGGAGGGAGGGAGAGAGGCGGCCGUAUAGAUGUGCCCAUGGAUCAGCCAGCGUCUCUUAAGAGCUGCAGAGAGAGAGAGGUGCCGUGCUGUGUGUUGUGUGUUGGUGUUGGUGCCAUCGACACGGCUGCACAUCCGUUUCUUCUCCCUGCGGUGUGUGUGCGUGUUUUCAGGCCAUACGUCUAGACGAGCAUAGAUAUCACAUCCGUCCGUCCGACACUCUUCCUUCCUCCUGAGUGAGUCGGCGCCAUGGGAGCGUGCAUGUCCAAAGCGUUGGUGGACGAGACAUACAAGAAGAAGGUCGACAGCGAGCGGCGCCCGAAGAGCUCCAAACCGUCGGCAUCGACCACUCCCCGCGUCAGGCAGUCGCCCAAGUUCGGUCCCUCAGAGCCGCCCCCGCCCCUCCCUCGGGCGCCACAUCCAUAUGUCGUCACGGCGCAGUACAGCGCGUAUUUCUACCCCUCCAUCCCGCCCAACUGCCCGCCCUCGGCGCUCGAGACGCUGGGCAUGACGGCCAUCCGGUUCUCGCAGAAGGUGGUGGGCCACCAGAACUGGUGCAACAGCCAGUCGGAGCCGAGGCUGCCCACCGACCUGGCCAUCGAGAUGUGUCAGAGCCUUGACGAGCUGCCGAUGCGGCCGUGGGCCAUGGUGGCCAAGUACCUGAGGUGCAGGCUCGUGAGCAACAUGCAGCGGCUGACGGAGGCGCUCAAGGGCCACAGCAGCAAUGGGGGAGGGGGAGGCGGAGGUCCGGUGGAGGCUGCCGAUAUUGAGCUAGAAGACGACAAUGCGUCGCUGCUGGGGGAUAGUUUUGACGGCUUUGAGUGCGGGUGGGACGAAAGGGGCACGGGUGAGGAGGUGGAUCUGUUCGGCAACGGCGAGGUGGUCAAGAAGAUUUUGAAGGAGGGGGAGGCCAAGCCGCUCAGGGGGUGGCCUUAUCGCGGUGUGGCUGUGGUGGACCUGGCAAUGUCGCCCAAGGAUGUCAUCAAAUACGGUACGGUCGGUAGGUCAGAUACAUACAUGGUCGCACACGCACAGAGAGAGGCAGGCAGGCAGGCAAGGCCAGACCGGAGAGCUGCGCCCCUCCCCUCCCCCUCUCUCUCUCCGGUCUGUGCCGUACCUGCGUGUGUCGUGCGUGUGUGUGUGUUGUGUGUUGGUUGUCCUCAUAUGUCAAGGGGGGAUCAACUUCUCAUCACCUCCUCCUUCUGACGAUGCUCAUGGGCAUGCUGCGUCUUCUCCGUCACGCAUGUCAGACCUCGCCAAGACGGACAUCCACGUGCCCCUCGACCCACACACCGAGGAGCAGUACCAGAUCGUGACGCUGCAGAUCACCGACACCGUCACCCUCAACGUCAUCACCGAACUCAGAUGCGGACUCAUGACGAUGAAAAGAGGUGUGUGUGGAGGGGGGGACGGGUGAGGAAUGUCGCAAUAGCCCGUUUGUGUGUGUGUGUGUGUGUGUCAGGAGAGCGUUCUGUGUUUGUGUUUCGCAACGCCUUCCACCGGUACCCCGACCCGAACGGGGAGCCAGACGUCAAGGUCAAGCCCGAGGGGGCGUGGCGCUACACCAUCACUCUCAAGGACGUCCUCCCCCCGCACCACGACCGGCACAUCCCACACCCACUCCCCCCGAUGAGCGAGGGCUCCACCGACCGCUCCCUCACCGCCAACACGACAGCCACCUCCGCCCCCCUCCCCCACGCAAACGGUGGCGGCGCGUCGGUGUCGGUGACAGCGGCGUACGAGCAGCUCAUGGCCACUCAACAGGACCUGCAGCGGCUGUUCGAGCAGCUCGAGUGGCUGUGUCGGAUGGUGCUGCAGAUGCUCACCGACGACACCGGGACGACGGGUUUGGAUGCCGGAGGGGGCGAGGACGGCCGGCGUGGGCUCAGGGACGUGCUCAUCCACUUCUUGGAGGAGUACUACAUCCAGGCCAACCAGCAGCUGCAGACGAACCGGGAUCUCAAGCCCUCGUUCUUCCACCUGCUGGCCAUGCCACUCGACGCCAAGGAGAAUGCCAAAGACGUGAGGCCCGACGGCACCGCCAAACCCUCGCCCGACGACAAGCAGAUGGAGGAGAACAGGACCGCCUUCACUGAGUGGGCCUACCACCGCGGGCACGACAAGGCCCAUGGCGACCACAGCGGGCUCCUGCGCUUCGCCGCGCAGGGCUUCGAGUACAAGGGCGUUUUCUUCCGCCUCGUCACGUCGGAGAGCGAGUGGCGCUUCAUCCAGGACCAGAUCGUGCUGAUCAAGCAGGCCCUCUUCGACAACGACACCGACCCCUGCCCCCCACUGCUGGCGUGCGCCGAGGGCAACGGCGGCCGGCUGAUCGCAUCCCCCCUGCUGCCGCUCAGUUGGCUGCUCGGCCGGUUCGCCCCCGAGCCCCCAAUGCCGAUCACCAACCGGCUGCCGUCCGACGGCCCCAUCGACACGGUGUGCGUCGUGAGCCGGCAGGACAACGGCAUCCCGCAGCUGGACGUCUGCCGCAUCCAAGCAGACGACUGGGAGCAUUUCGCCAUGGUGGCGCAGGAGAGGGUGGGGUCGGAGCUGCACUUCUUCCCCCCCGGGGCGGCGACGGUCCACGGGCCGCCCAUGUCGGAGCUGUUCGGGCAGUUCUGCGCCGUGCUGACGUCGUCGGGCAGCGCCAAGGAGGGCGAGGAGACCAGCAACGACGAUGGAGGCGGCGUCAAGGACGACAACCACCCGCUGCCCUGGACGAGCGACGACUUCGUCCUGGCCUUCACCACGCCCCUUCCGCCAUACCCCCCAUCUAUCCGCCAACAGAAGGCCAGCGAUGGGGCGCCCCCGCAGCCAUCCGUCGAGUGGGCUGGGGACGGCUGGCCCGAUUUUGACGAGCGCACACAUGACCGGCAGGACACCAUCGAGACGCAGGAGGGCGGCCCCAUCAGCCCGUUUGACGAGCGCAUGCCGCGCAGCAACAACAACAACACCAACAACAGCAGCAGUAUCAGCCCGGCCGGCGGCUUGACGCCCAGGAUCCGCAACGACCUGGACAGUUUCCUCAAGGGCGAGGCGGGCUACGAGAUCAUCGACCACCUGCGCAACACACUGGUCAACGGCGACGGCAUCCACGUCGACUCGCCCACGCCCCCCACGGCCCCAGCUCCCCUUCGCCCGCCCCCAGAGGCGCCAAAGCAGCCGGGCGUCGCCACGGCGCCCUCGCCGAGACACGGAGAGGACGCGACGCCCCCGUCCGAGCCCCCCAAGCCACAGACCAAGACGUUCCUGCGUCGGCCGUCCAGCUCAGACGCGGUGCUGAUGAAUGACGAUGACAAGAAGAGCGUGAUGCGUCGGCACUUCACCAAGGGUGGCGGCGCGGAGGGGCCGCCGGAACACGGAGGCAGCAGCGGCAGCAGCCGGGGCAGCAAGAAGGGGGCCAAGCUGAGGCGGUCCUUUAGCGCUGGGGAGCAGUCGCCGACCGAGACGAUCUACGAGGAAGAGCCGGAGGACGGUGGUGGGUCUGGCAGGAAGGGGGCACAGAGGCGGGCGAGGCGGCCGCUGCCGUCACCCGAAGCCAACAUCGCGCGCUCCCACACCCCGCCGCCCCCACUCGCACCCUUCAUCGACAGAGCCCUGAAGGACCUGCGCAGCCUCCCCUUCGUGUCGUCGUCACAGUCGCUGCGUCGCCUCAUCGAGCACCACCACAUCCGGCCGAUCCCCGCCCUCUGGUGCCUGCUGGGCCGCUUGCUGUCGGUGCCUUACCCGUCGCCACACCCGUCGGACGCCAUGCUGGUCGACGCGAUCUGCUGCGACCUGGUGGGCAUGGCUGUGGGGAUGGUGGUGCGGCAGCUGAUGGGUAUGCGGCAGGGAGGCAUUAGUGGCGGUGGUGGUGGCGGUGGCGGUGGGGAGGGUGGGGUGGAGCGGCUGGGGUGGGGUUCGAGGCUGUUUGAGGAGGAGGUGACGCUGCUUGUCACCGAGAUGCUCAAUGUCCAGUAUGAUCGCUCCAGGUGCGUCUGCUCAGUGCGGGAAGACACUCACUGGUCGAUGAAUGAAUGGCUUCUGUGUCUGUGUGUGUGUGUGCGGCCGAUGCAGGGUGUCAUCGGCGGAUGCGAACCGUGAUGCGAUCAGGAAGCACAACCGCAGGAAGGCCCUCAACCUCUGCCUCGCCGCGUCACUCGCAGAGGUAGGUACUUGACAGACACCUUGCGCCUCGCCCCUGCCAUGUGUGGCGUCAUGCCAUGUGCUGUGCGGCCCCUUCUCCAUCUCCUUUUCCAGGCGGCUCACUUCAUGGACCUUCCUCUCAACACCGAUCAGCGCUUCCUCGUCGACCGCGUCAUUGACACCGUAAGACGGGACGGACCACACGACAAUGACAAUAAGGAGUCCUCCCCUUUCUGCUGUCCAUGAUUCAGGCAACGGCCUCCGCGCCCCUGUUGCUGGCCUUCAUCGCCGAGCACCUGCACAUUCGCGUCAACGAGGGCGUGUUCGCCUUUCUGCGGUCGGAGCGGCUCAAGCUCAAGGGCCGCCCGGUGCGGCUGACGGGCGAGGCCACACCGCGUCGCUUCGACGACGAUAUGCCGCUCAUGCCGGCCACCCCGACGGACCCCACUUUCAGAAUGGCAGGUCAGCUGCACAGCCAGCGAUAUCACUGGACACUGGACACGUGACACGUAUGUGUGUGUUCCAUCCAAUCAGAGGCCUUGUUCGAGACGACUGGCCCCCUGCGGAUCGAGGAGACCUUCGUCCGGUCCCUGCGGCUGACGGCCUUCCUCCUCCCCCACCUGGUGCAUCCCGCUUCGUCGCCCUCGUCGCCCUCCUCCCCCCUGCUCUCCCCCCCCAAUCCCCGCACUCUCGGCGUAGGCGUCGCGCUCGGCCGGCUCCUGCACGACCACAACCUCGACCUGGCCAGCAUGAUCGUGCCAUUCAUCUCGUGGGUCGGGAGCACGCCGCGGCCCGGUGGUCUGCCGCCGCUGGACCCGACACCACCACCUCUCAACUUCAUGGAGCCUCCUGCAGGGGGAGAGGUCUCGCCCGCUCCAAUGGCUGCGCCACUGCCGCCUCCGUCGCUCGCGCACGCCAUUCCGUCCGUGGAGGUGAUUCCUGCAACCGAGACGCUGGAGGCGCCGGUGGCUGGCGCGGCAGCAGCUGGCGAUGGGGGCGAUUCGCCGCCCUUUUCGCUCAACACGGUGACGAUGGACCAACCCACACACAUGGCGAAGGCCUGGGGCGACGAGGUGACGCAGCAGGGCAGCGCGCUGACCCUCCGGGGCAUCACCCUCACCCGUUGUCACUCCCACUCCCACCCACACGAGUAUGGCCACAGCUAUGGCACCGAGAGCCUGAUGUCGCUGCUGCACUGCGACCACGACUGCCCACUCGACACCCGGCCCAUGACGAUCCGCCUCAAGACGGUGCUGCUCUUUUGGACCUGGCGGGUGCUGCAGUACUCCCGCUCGAGCAGGGGAGGCGCGAGUGGCGGCAUGGUGAGCGACCUGGCCCCAUGGGGCGGCGCACAGGCGUUGCAGCCGCUGCUGCCCAUCGAGGGCCGGCGGUCGGAAGGAGGGGCGUCUGUCAGUGGUGGGGGUGGUGGGGGCGGUGGUAUGGGUGUGGGUCAUGGUCACUUCAUGGGGGGAUCCGAAUUCGAGGGGACUGUCAAGGAUGUGAUAGAGACGAUUGAGACGGCCAUGAAGAACCACAGCGGCAGCUGCAUGAUGCUCCCGCCAGAGACAUACAUCGGACUCGCCAUACUCAAGUACUUGAGGGCAGCGGGGCGGUGGGUGGGAGAGAGAAAGACAGACAUUCCAGCACUUUCUUUCUGUUGUUGCGCGUUUGUGUCGUGUGUCGUCGAUCAGGUUUCUGUGGCGCCUGCAGCUGCGUGACAUAGAGGAGGCUUUGCGGUUGCUGCUGCACGCGCAGAGCCUGCUGGAGGACCUCUGGGGCGACCCCCGCUUCCCGGGCAGCAGGGGCCACCCCUUCUCCCUCUUCAUCUCAUGGAUGGUUGCACAGCUUUACAUCAACGCGUGAGCCGAGCCACACAGGCCUGCCCAACCCAAACCAACCCUCCACACACACGCUCUCACUCUCUCCCUCUCUCUGUGCAUGAUGCCCGCAGGGGUGAGGUGUCAGCGGCAGAGGGCUACAUCGAGCGCUUCCGCGCCCUCCGGCUGUCCUUCCCCUUCUGCCCCCUCCCAUGGACCCUCCCCUUCAAACUCCCCAACCCCAAGCGCCAGCAGCCCCCCUCCGUCCAGGCCAGCAGCCCACAGCCCGACCCACUGACACCCAUGGCCUCACUCGGCGGCCACAGCAACGACAACCAGCCACAAUCACCGGCGGCAGCAGCAGCAGCGGGAGGAGGGGCCGAUGACGACGACAGCCCGUUGGCUCCCUCGGUCAAGAGCGACUUUGCGCAGGUGGCUGGGGCGAUGCGGGCGGGCCUGGGCAAGUGGGGCGAGGCGGCACAGGGGUGGAUGUCCCCGAGUGUGGGGCGGAGGCAGCUGCAGGCGCCGUCGCCGUCGAGCCGGACGUCGCUCAUGGGGCUGCUGGGGGGCAGCCCCAAGCUCACGCCCAUCCAGGAGAAACAUGCUAGGAUGUGAGCAAGAGCAAGGGGGCGGCCGAGAGAAACGUUUGAGAAGAAUGGAUGGAUGGUUCGUGUGUUGUGCUGUGUUGUGGUGUGUGCAGUCCAUCUGGCGAGAUGGUGUUGCCGCCCAGCCGUGUUGGCCACCUGCCGCAGAGACAGAAGAGGCGCAUACAUGUCCCACGUAAGCCGAGCCGACAAACACACACAGCCACGCCUAGCCAAGACAAGGCAUACACACACAAGGCCUGCACUGCUGCACUCAUCCCCCCGUUCAUUCAGUGCCCGACCGCGACGUCGGUCCCGACGAGGAGUCCAUCGCCACCAACGUGAGCGACCUGCUGCAGGAGAUCCCCAACCUCAAGAACUGGCUCAUGGCCAACCACCCACUCCUCCACUCAUCCCCCGUCCGGCUGCACAUCCGACACAACGCCUUCGCCCCAUUCAUACCCCCUCGGACGCUCUGGGGGGGCCUGCCUCUCGAGAGGCAGGUUGGCGGUGGUGGCGGUGGUGGUGGUAGUGGUGGUGGCAUGACACCAGGGAUGCCGGGUGGUCCGCCGAUAUCGAUGUCGAUGCGGGUCAACCUGAGUGGCGGUUCGGUGCCGCCCAGGCCCAGGCCGGCGGUGCAGAUGGGCGACAAGAGCCAGGUGCCCAUGGCGCCCAGACCACCCACACCCAGAAAAUCGGUACGUACGUCUGCGCGUCUGUGCGAGUUGACACCACAAGAGAGAGCGGCAUUGCCUGCGUGUCACUCACUGUUGUUGUGUGUUGUCAGGUUGUCGCCGGCAGCGUCUACACGUUUGGCGAGAACAGCAAUGGCGAGCUCGGCCUGGGCCGCCCCCUCAUCCCCGACAAGGGCGAGAGCCAGGCCAAGCCGAGACACACGGCACAGGCCGCAGCCAAGCUCCUGGGGCAGUCGCCCGAGCCUUACAUGCCGCCUUCAGACGGGCCGAAAGGUCUGCGUGACUGCGUGGAGAGCGGGGGCGUUGAUGUGUCCUGGACGGGGCGGCCUGCCAAGGUGGUUGGUCUCAAGGAUGUGGAGAUCGUUGAGGUGGCCUGUGGGGACGCGUCCUCUGCUGCAAUCGACAGAGAGGUCAGUGAGUGAGUGACUGAGUGAGUGACCCACCACCACCACACCCUCGGGAGAAUCAGCCCACUGUCUGUCUGUGUGUGUGGGUGCAAUGGGUGCAUGUGCAGGGUUGUCUGUACGUGUGGGGCCAGAACGUCGACUCUCAGCUGGGCAUUGCCCCCACGUCGCGACACCCAGGCGACCUCUCCGCUCCAGAGGCAGCCACACCGCCAGCCCACUUCUCCUCUCUCACACCACCCACCCCACCAGCACCAGCAGCAGCACCAGAGGAGAAGAGCACCAAACACGACCCCAAGAGAGACGAAGACGACAACCAGCCGCCGACCGCCCGGGCCCCCCACCACCUGAACUUCAUAGCGGUCCCCCUGUGCGUUAACCUGACCCUCGACGUCCGCUUCAAGGCCAUCGCGUGCGGCAACGGCUUCGCCAUCGCGCUCACCAUCAACGGGGACGCCUUCAGCUGGGGCGUCAACACACGGGGCCAGCUGGGGCUCGGCGACUUCCAGCCCCGCCACACGCCCACACAGAUCCCCGCCGCCCUCACGUCCGCCCACUUCAACCAGCUCGAGAAGGUGGCUUGCGGGGCGGAGAACGUCAUCGCGCUCACCGGCAAGGGGCAGCUCUUCGUGUGGGGGGCGGGCCACGGCGGGCAGCUGGGCGUUCCUGAGGAGAAAUUCGCGAUAGCCGAGAAGGCCUACGGCGGCUUCCCAGGCGACAUCAGGUGCCUCAGCCGCCCCGAAAGGCUCCGCUUCUUCACGACACAGGGCGAUCCCAUGGGGCCGCUCGUCCACCUGGCCAUCGACCACCCCGGCACACAGACACACACAGCCCCCUCCCAACUGGGGUCGUACGGCUCGAUGGCCCCCUCCGUCCCCGUGUCGCCCGCUUCCCGCUCGGUGCGGCCGUCGCACAAGCCGCCCACCCCUCCCAGGAUGGGGGCGCAAUCUCGCCUCAGCACGCCCCCCCGCACACCGCCCCAGGGCCACGCCAAAUUGAACAAGCAGACGAGCCGCAUUUUCAUCCUCACGGAGGACCACGCCGACAUCACCAAGUUCGUCGAUCCGCAGCCGACGGCGAGCUUGAGGGUGGGCAGCAACCCCCGGGCGGCCAAGCACUCGAGGGGCGAGCGGAUCUCGUACCGCGAUUUCGGCGAGUACGAGUUGAAGUUUGACGACGUGGCGGCGGGCGAGGCGCACUGUCUGGUCAUCGAUAGGGCGGGCAUCGUGUGGGCGUGGGGGGCGACGCUGACGGGCCAGUGUGGGCAUGGGUAUUCCAUGGAGAGCGGCGAGUAUGCCCUGAACAUGGAGGUGGGCUACCAGCGGUUCCCCAUGGCCAUCCCGCCCUUCCGUACCUCAUGGGGGCUCGAAAAGGUCAGCCAGCUGGGACGGACCCCACUCGCGCAUCUGUGUGUGUGUGUGUGUGUGGUUUAUGGACCGAUCGAUUCGAUCAGGCGUGGAAGGUGUCUGCGGGCGGCAACCUGUCGGCGUGCAUCACCGACCGAGGGACGCUCUUCAUGUGGGGCAACAACGAUGUGGGCCAGCUGCCGCCCCCAGUCAGCCACGAGCUCCCCGCUGGCCUGCCACGGACGCCCGUCACACCCGCACCCUCCAUCGUCUCACGACCAACACGCGUCGAAUACUUCCAGGCAAGCAAGAACGAAGACCGGCAGCUAAGGCACCCCACAAUCUGAUCAUGUGCUUUGUGUGUUCCUCAGGAUUUGGCUCUCAAGUCGGUGGCGUGUGGGGGCGACCACGUGGUGGCGAUAGAUGUGACGGGCCAGGCGUACAGCUGGGGCAGCAACGGGUGGGGGCGGCUGGGCCACUCGGCCACCACACGGUGCCGCGCACCGCCACCGCACUCGAAAGACAAGGCACCGCCCGCCAAGCUGGAGGGGUUCGAGGGCGUUGGCGUCAGAAAGGUCAGCUCAGCCAGCCUCUCAGAUCAGAUUGAUUUUAUAAGAUGGGCGCAUCCCUGAGCGAUGUGUGUCUGUCGAUUGGAUUGUGUGCAGGUUGCGUGUGGCCCGACGCACACGCUGCUGCUGACAGGUGUGGGCGGCAACAACCCCCCACAGGCCGGCAUAUCGAGAUAUGUGUACCCCAAUUAUGCGUAGUGGACAGUGGACAGCUGACUGACGCACACAGCACAGAGAGAGACCCCGCUAGACACAGAAACUGAGAGAGAGGCAGCCGGCCUUUUGUAAUCGAUCGGAUGGAUGGACGGAGGGGCGGAUGCGGGCGGGUGAAUGAUUAGAGGGGCGGAGGAGUUUAGGAGUGGUGUUGUGUGUUCCGAC